CAAUUUCAAACUUCUCGCUUUCUCUCAUCUUCAAUUGGGGUCCAACAAAAAUAGUCUUAACUUACCAAUUACCAGUGGCGAAUCUAUGUCCAAUCCAUGCCCACAAGGUUUCACUCUCAGUUUCAGCUUCAGCUUCGUAUACUUAACAAAAACCUUCAAGGUAAAGCCUUUAUCUCUCUCUUUCUCACUUUUUUUUCCCCUUUAUAGCACAGAGAUAUGUACAAUCCUUGCAUUGGUAGCUCAGCUGUAUUAACACUUAGAACAAAAGGGUCUCUUUCAUUUUCCUUCGAUGACUACACUAACUUAUUAAAUGAUAGAUUUGAUAGGAGCCCAUUACAAUCGCCAUCUUCACAAUGCUGUUCUUUGUGUUAUAAUUGUUGUUCUUGUUGUGAAUCAUCAUUUGCCAAUCAUAGGCUGCCUAUAAAGCCCAGCUUAUUUUAUGGGUUGAGGCAAUCCACUCUUAUUCAGUUCUCGCCAUGUAAAAGACUUAUCUUUGGCGGUAGGGACCGGUAUUAUUACCGGAUCCCGGCUUAUGGCCUUGAUCAUGGUUGUUAUGAGGUUUCUUGUUCUUUUAAAGAGGAAAGUGGUGGUGCAAGAAUUGAGAGGAGAAAGAACGGAAGGGUUUUUCAAGAGGAGAGUAGUGGGGCAAGAAUUGGGAGGAGAAAGAAGGAAAGGGUUGGGGGCGACGUAAAUUUGCGUGAAAGGCGGUGUUUUAGUAGUGCUGCUGAUGCUGAGGCUGUGAUCAAUUUUUUGAGCGAGGAAGUGACUGAGGAGUAUUUAGAUGAUAGAAAUGAAAAUGGAAUUUUGUCAAAGAGAGUGGAAAUGGGAAAGAGAAGUAAUUUUGGUGGUGCAUAUAAGCAGCGGAGGAAGAAGAAUGCUAGGGUGGGUUUAUUGGAGAGCGUGUCAAAGAGUGAGUUGGAGGCAGUUACAAGUGAGUUGAGGAAGGAAGAGUAUAGAAGGGAGGAAGAGAGAACAAAAUUUGGAAGGAAGAAAGAAAGGAAAGAAUUGAGAAGGGAAGAGGAUAGGGAGGGGAGAGAAGAAAUGAAAAAUGUUGCUAGAGGUGAGAACUGCAGGGACAGAAAAGCAAGCUCUAGUUUUUCGUCUUAUUACUCGCUUUCUUCCACGGGGGAUUUUGAGCAUGAUAAUGAAGCUCAAGAUGAGCGUGUUGGUUUACUGGAAGAAUCAUCAAGUGGAUAUAAGGAAGAGUUAUGGAGCAGUGAGGAUAAAUUUGAGGGGUAUGUGUUGGGAGAGUAUGAAAGGCAUGGAGAUGCGGGCCAUAGAAAGGUUUUCGAGCAGGGGACUAGUACCAUAAGAAAAGGUGCUGAUUGGGAUUUGAGAAAGAAAUCUGAGAAGAAACUUACUGAGAUUGAUGAAAUAGAGUCCAAAAUGGAAUCCUCACAAUUGGACUCAAGAAUGGGAAGGACAAUUGAAAGUGACUUUGAGAUGGUUUCAGGCUCUCACAAACAAAUUGAUAACAAGAAUGAGAAGUUAAAUUUGGCAGUCAAUUUUGAGAAAGGAACAAGGAAGCAAUAUAGUCAAACAGGUGAACAAGUCACAGAACAGUCUCAGUUCAGAACAAAUUACCAGGAAAUUGCUAAUAUGCAGGAAAUCCAACCAAACAAUGUAAGAAAAACUUCCCUAUACAAUGGCAGAGAAGAAAACCUGUCUCUAGAUGUAGAUUUGGUUGGGGAACGAAGAGGUGAAUGUCGUAAUAAAGUUACUGAAACUACUGGACAGAGUGAUAAAAGAAGAAACACCUUGCAGCUCACUGCAAUGUCAGAAAUUGAAAAUAUCGACAGGGAAAGAGUUUCUAAUUUGCAGAGGCAGUCCGAGUCUAGAAUGAAAAUCCGCGAAGAAGAUAGAAAUCUUGAGUCUGUUGGGGAGACAAAUGAGAAAUGCCACCAGAAAUUGGAGCGCUUAACUGGACAAAUUGAGUCAAGAAGAGGAACACAACAGCUCUCUGAAAUAUCAGAAAUACAUGACAAAAAUGGCAGAAAGACAUCCAUAUUACGAUCUGGAAAUGGAAUGGAGAUCCAACAAGGAAGUAUGGGUGUUGUUCAUCAUUCAGUUGAAGCAAAAGAGCAAAGGCCCCACACGGAUCAAAAAAUUACUCAGAGAAUUCAAUCCAGAAAAGGAUCCCAAGAUGCCACUAAUAUAUCAGUGAACGUAACCAAUGUAGCAGUGAUUCAUGCUUCUAAUGUAGAAACUGUCAAUGAUUCUCGAAAAGCAUCAGGAAAGAGAAUGAUUGAUCAAGGAAGUGAAUUGACAUCAUUUGUGAAACCUAUUCAAGAAACAGGAGAAAGAAAUAAUCAAACUGAUGGAAGCAUCAGUCAGUUCAUAUCAAGAAAUGAGUCUCACAUGGCCACUGAAGUGUCGAGUUUUCAAGAAAAAACUUCACAAGAGGCCUCUGGUUCUCAAGCAUACCUGAAUAUGGUUUCUCAGGCCAGUAGACAAAAGACUGAUGUGGAGGAGGGGGAUUACCAAAGUUCGCAGGUAAUAAUGCUACCGCCAUUUCCACAAGUGGUAGCUCGUGAUUCAUCACAUGUUGAUACAAUUAGUGGGAUUGCAAAACAAGAAGUUCUCCGAGAAACUUCUGAAAGCAGCUCAAGUGCUAUUUAUUUGAAUUCAGGAGGGAGAAAUCCAACGUCAAAGCAGGAACAACGUGGAAGAGAUGAGAAGGGUGAGAUGUAUGAGGAACCUUUGAAACUUGUGGUCCCUGAAGAUGCUAUGGGUUCGGCCUAUCGUCUAGAGGAGUCAUCAAUGCAGUUUGUUGGGGAAUUCGUGGAGUCGGCAAAACAUGAAGCAUUGGCAUCUGAAAUCCAAAAGGAUAAACAUUCUGACUUGAUAUAUGAAGGUGAGAAGGGAGAGGGCUCUGGUCAAUAUGGUUCUGGAGACUUACGGUUGAAGGAACGGGACUCAAGGAGAUCAUCUGGUGGUUCUGGAGUAAAGGGUCCUUCUGAUGAAAUGUGGGAUGUGGCAGCGACAUCUAUUCAGGAACCUAAUGAGAUAGAAGCACCGGAGGGUAGCAUAGCAACUAAGACUACUGUAGUUAGGACUGGAAAGUCCAUGUGGAGUAUCAUAGCAGAUAUAGUUCGAUUACGCUGGGGUUCACGUGCUGAAACCCCCAAAUCAGUCAGAAGGUCAGGUGGUAAGAAUUCAUCAAAUGCUUCUGUUAGUAGUGAGGCAUGGUUUUCUGGCCAUGAACAUGAAGAAAAACGUGAUAAGAAUGUGGAAAGGGAAAGAAGAAGCAUGCCUCAAGAUGUCACUUCUUCUCAUCAUCUGCAACUAAUGCAAACUUCUACUCAGAGUCAGGGAGAAAUGUCUGGUGCAAUUGGAUCAAAGGACAUAAUAAGACAGCAUGAAGAAGAUAAAUCAUUUGCUUCAACUAUAUUGAAAAGUGGGUCCACAUCAAAAGGCAUUUCCUCUCCUUCUGAAGAAGAAAACCUUAUUUGGGAACACAAUGGGAAGAGUUUGUCAGGAACAAGGAGUCAAAGUGGAAGGAGUUCUCAGUUUUUCUCUCCUAAUGUAGAAUUAAAGGAAUCAUCAUCUGCACCACUGCCUUAUAGUGGCAUGAGCUCUCCUACUGUAGAAGAGAGUUAUGGUAGGGGUAGAACUGAUGUGCCUGUCAGUAGCUCAAUGGAGCUUAUGGAGCAAACUGCUAGUGCAAAGUCAACUGAUGUAUCAGAUCCUGAUGGGAAGAAUAGCAAAUUGAAACAGAGGAGACUUCAACGGACCCAGCAAGUUGUUAGGGAUACAUUUGAUGAAUGGGAAGAAGCAUAUAUACGUGAAAAUGAGCAGCGAAAAGUUGAUGAAAUGUUCAUGAGAGAAGCACUGCUAGAAGCCAAGAAGGCUGCUGAUACUUGGGAGGUGCCUGUUGGGGCUGUUCUGGUGCAACAUGGGAAAAUUAUUGCUCGUGGAUACAACCUUGUGGAGGAGUUACGGGACUCUACUGCCCAUGCAGAAAUGAUUUGUAUACGGGAGGCUUCAAACAAUCUUCAGACCUGGAGGCUCGCGGACACCACACUUUAUGUAACACUUGAACCAUGCCCUAUGUGUGCUGGAGCAAUACUUCAAGCAAGAAUAGACAGUCUUAUAUGGGGAGCUCCCAAUAAGCUUCUUGGAGCUGAUGGAAGCUGGAUUAGAGGGUAUCUUUCCCCUUCCCACAACCGACCGACUGCACUUGCACCGCGCACAAUCCUCCAUGCACCCCCGCUGCUGCCUUUCCUCAUGGCAGACCUCCUAAUAGAGAUCUCAAGUGCUAAUUUCUGGCUUUUUCCUAAUGAGGGAGGAGGAAAUGGCCCUGAACCAACAGAUAAGCCAGCUGCUCCAGUUCAUCCUUUCCAUCCAAAAAUGACAAUCCGACGAGGGAUACUGGCAUCAGAGUGUGCAGAUGUAAUGCAGCAAUUCUUCCAGCUUAGGAGAAGGAAAAAGGUGAAGAAUGAAGAUUUGCCUCCCAAACCUUCUCUUCCAAUUGCAAGCCAGCAAUCAAAAAUCCUUCGGAAGAUGCAUGAUAUUUUCCAUGCCUUUUUGUGUUUGUAAGGGAGGAUUAGCUGUGUAAUCGGAAUGGUUGAAUGCAAUUUGUGGUUUAACUUUUCCCUUUUUCUCUCUUUCAUUUUCUAUGUUGAACUUUUUCCUUUUCCUCUCCUUUCAUUUUCUGUGUAAAUCUUAUUGCCAAACACAGUUCCUUUUUCAUUAUUCAGGUACACAAGUAGUGGGUACGAUUUUGAUAUAGCUGGCAAAUCAAUUCCCAAUUAUUACCAGUCA